GUCUUUAAGAAAUCCAAUUGAACAUGACUCUUCCCGACACCAAAGACCCCACCUUCAAGGCCACUAACAGCUUACUGAGAGCACUUCAGGCCACUAUAGGGAAUUCCUACAAGUGUAAUGCCAAGGAGCACAUUUGGGUCACAGAGGCCUUUUCUGUCAACAUUUUCAAAGUGUGGGUCCAGGCUUUCCAGGUAGAAGGUGGCAAGUUUGGGUCUGUGGAAGAAUGUCAGCUGGAUGAGAAUAACAUGCCAAUCCCCAUCACCAUGGGUGGUGCCCUGGCAGGGCUGGUCCUCAUCGUCCUCAUCGCGUACCUCAUCGUCCUCAUCACGUACCUCAUCGGCAGGAAGCGGAGCCAUGCCGGCUACCAGACGAUUUACCGUGGCUGCAGACCAGCAGAAGCUGCAGGGCUCUGUUCAUUUCCCUGAGCUCAGGUUGACGUUGAGGGAGGCACACUUUAAUGCAAACUGGUUUUCAGAUCUGCUUUAUCCAAUGUGAAGUUCAUCUUGCAACAUUUACUAUGCACAAAAGAGUAACUCUCGCAAUGAUGGUGUUAAUUUUGCUAACGGGGUUAAAUAUUUUCCUAAUUUGUUAUAUGUUAAUGUUUACCAAAGUAGAACUUUAAGGGGGAGAGGGUAAGAGUGCUUUUCUAAAUGGGCACUGGCUCUACCGCCAUUUGACUUUUUAAGGUUCUGGUGUCUAGUUCCUCUUCAUUCUUGACUCAGAUAUAAGCCUUCAAAGGGAGGUUCUGUGGUCUUAACACUUACAACUAAUGAAGGCUGGCUAACUGUUAGACUGACACAGUUCAUAAAUUAGUAGAGAAAGAAAAUUCUAAAACAGAAGUACUUCAAAAGAGGAAACUCUAGAAUGCUUAAAUUAAGCUUUAGAAGCCAAGACAGGCCUGGCCCUCACAGGCUGCACAGCUGAGCAUUAAAGCGAUUGGUCUUUCCAUGCUCUGCCACUCAAGAGCUGGCACUUCUUUAAAUAGAAAAAUGGGUGUUAUUUUUAUUUACUUUUUUUUUUUGUAAAGUGAUUUUCAAUCUUCUGUUUGAGGUUCAGGGUGAUCCUGUGUCUGCACUUGUGUACAAUAAUCGGUUCCACUCUCUGAUUUAUCUGCUUGCAGCUUGGGUGGGCUGUGCGCUGAGGAUCCCUUCAUUUAAUGCAUUGCUGUAACAAGGCUAAUAAAACGUCUCUUUCUUUAAAAACAAAAUAAAACAAAACAAAAAA